AUGAGCAGUGUAGUCCAGAACCCCUACAUCGGCCGAACGCCAACCAGUCGGAUUCCCAAGCCUGGGGGCAGUGGAGGGGCGCAACCUGGAAGUCGAGACAGCGGUGGGAUUUGUCGAAGCAGUAGCAUCAGCAGUGGAAGUGGCGGGCCUGGAGGCAAGAUAAUGUCUCUGUCGUCCAUGAGUGACAGUAUGCACAGUGGCCUGAGCUGUUUCCUGUCAGAGCAAGCACUGGAGCAGGAAGAAAAGCAGCAGCGCAGUCGCCAGUUAGCAGAGUUUCAACGCCUGAAAGAGGUUCGUGCAGCUGCUCAGCUCAAAAACCUGGAGGAUUUCCUCAGGAUGAACCAUGUGUCACUCAGGGAAAGCAUGUCUUAUUCCACUGGUAUGAUUUACAGAAAUCUGGGGAAAUCGGGGCUGAGGGUGUCCUGUCUAGGAUUAGGCACGUGGGUUACCUUUGGAGGACAGAUAACGAAUGAGGUGGCAGAGGAGCUGAUGACUGUGGCAUAUGAAAAUGGAAUCAAUCUUUUUGACACCGCUGAAGUGUAUAAUGCUGGAAAGGCUGAAAUCGUCUUGGGAAGUAUCAUAAAGAAGAAAGGAUGGAGGCGUUCUAGUUUAGUCAUCACCACCAAAAUCUUCUGGGGUGGAAAAGCAGAGAUGGAAAGAGGACUGUCCAGAAAACAUAUCAUUGAGGGUCUAAGAGCAUCACUAGAGAGACUUCAGCUCGAAUAUAUAGAUGUGAUUUUUGCAAAUCGACCAGAUCCUAACACACCUAUAGAAGAGACGGUGAGGGCAAUGACCCAUGUGAUCAACCACGGGAUGGCCAUGUACUGGGGUACAUCACGAUGGACUUCCAUGGAGAUCAUGGAGGCCUACUCUGUGGCACGACAGUUCAACCAGAUUCCACCCAUCUGCGAACAGGCAGAGUACCACAUGUUCCAGAGGGACAAGGUUGAGGUGCUGCUCCCUGACCUCUUCCACAAGAUCGGUAUUGGAGCUAUGACCUGGUCUCCACUGGCUUGUGGGAUUAUCUCAGGGAAGUAUAACAGUGGGAUCCCCCCUCAUUCACGUGCCUCGCUGAAGGGUUAUCAGUGGAUGAAGGACAAGAUCCUGAGUGAGGAGGGACACCGUCAGCAGGAAAAACUGAAGGAGUUGCAAGCAGUUGCUGAGCGACUGGGCUGCACUCUGUCCCAACUAGCUAUUGCCUGGUGUUUGAGGAACGAAGGGGUGAAUUCUGUGCUGCUGGGAGCUUCCAGGACCGACCAGCUGAUGGAGAAUAUCAGAGCAAUACAGGUUCUUCCAAAGUUAUCGCUGUCUGUUGUAUCUGAGAUGGAUGGCAUCUUGGGAAACAAGCCCUAUAAUAAAAAGGACUUCAGAUCCUAG